CGGUGCGGGAGGCGGCGCGGCGCUCGGCGGCCCGCUCGCCCGCUUCGGGCGGCUGGGGCUCUGCGUCCGCAGGGAAGCGGUAUCUGCUAACAGAAGAAGAUAUAAAGUUACAAGAAUUUCAGCAGAUGAAAGUGGCAAUUAGAAAUCAGCUUCAUAGUAAUAAAGAUCAGUAUUUUAAAAAUAUAAAGGAAAAACUAAAGAAAAAUGGAAUAAUUCUCAAAAAUGAAUUUAAAAAUUUGCUGCAUUUGUGCCAGACUUCAUCUGAUGUGGAACUAGCCAGAAAAGUUAUUUACAGGUACCAUGAACAGAAUGGAAUCACAGCCUUACAUAACUUUAAAUUUGGGCCACUCUUUAUGAGGCUGUGUUAUGAGCUAGACCUUGAAAGACCUGCAGUAGAACUUAUUAAAGAUCAGAAUUUGCGUGGUUUUUUCUCAGACAGUACAUCAUUCCAUAUUUUGAUGACGAUGUUGUUUAAAAAAGGCCAUUUUGAAAGUGCUUUGGAAGUUCUGGUAGAAAUGAAAAAACAAGGUAUACCUUUCAACAAAGAAACCUAUCUACUUGCAGUUGCAAUAUGCUAUAAACUGGACAGCCCAGAGUCUUCCAAAAUCACAGUGAGACUGCUUGAAGAAGCACAGCUAAAAGGUGACACGGUACCACUGCGAGCAUACUGCAUUGCAGUGGCAACUGCUCUCAAGCAGAACGAUGUAGCACAGGCUAAAUUUUAUUGUUCCCAGAUAAUGAGAACAGAAAACAAACUCUACAAUAAUCUUAAAGUCCUUGUCCAGCUCAGAUCUGGUUUGCUAAAAGAAGUAAUAAAUACAUUAGAGGCAGCAGUGGAAGUAGAUACUUCUCCCUUUGUGAAAAGAACUGAAUUUUCUGAGCAGGUGCUGGCUGCAGUCAGGGAAAAGAUGGAAGAAAACCCUGACCUUUCUGUCAAAUUAGGAAAUAUUUAUACGAAACUACAGGCUUCAGGACGGAUAACUAUGUGCACACUGGAAGACAUGCUUUUCCAGAUUCCUAGUUCAAAGAAGACCACUGCAAAGCUUUUAAAUCAGAAACAAUUGGGCUAUCAGGGUGCUAAUCCACUUUGGUCAAAUCUGUUGUUAGAAUAGUUCAGUAUUUGAUGCCAAACUGAACUGCUGAUAGCAGUUCAGUUAUCUCUUAUUAUCCAGGUUCAAAUAAAAUGUCUUCCCUUUUUUACACAGUGAGCAGUUUUAAGAUGUUUGUGUAAAUUUCAUUUUAAAUACAGGUCAUGUAGCUUCUGUGUUUAAAUUUUGAUCCUAAAAACAAGCUGCAACAGUGGGUAUUUGUGUGUUUUUCAGAACUGGGAGUGAUGGAAAGGUUUGGCUUUUUCCUUAGGCUCUUGUAUCAGGAUUUUCCUAUGCUAAAUAUUAUGUAAGUGAAAGGAUGGAAGCGAGCAAAGCAGGCAAAAUGAUAUGAGUAUCUGACCUGACUGGGGAUCAUGAGAAGAAAAUUUGAUGUUCAUCGGAUGUACUGUUCUGACUGAAAGGAUAGAAGCAGGCAAGAGUCCAGAUAAAAGAGCAUUGAAGUGCUUGAACUGUUAAUUCAAAGUCUGUAGAUCUCAAGACAAUCAGGGGGAAGCAAGCAUCUUUUGUUCACUUUAAUAUCUUUUUCUUCUAAAGAAAUAUAUUAGUAUUUUUUUCAUAUCAACUGGGAUCAUGGAAAUGCUAUGGGGGAUUAGCAUGGUAACCAAGUGGUUGCUUACUCACUUGAAGAACAGAAGUCACUCUCAGACGUCACAAAUUGCUUCCUUCUCAUUUUCUGAUAUUAAGAUUCCUAGGAUAAUCUUGAUGCAAAUUUGCAACUAAGUAAUAAAAAGUUCCCUAGAGCAAUUAUGAUCACAUUUUUAGCUAUAAUUAAACCAUCUGCAUAGUUUACACUAUUUUUUGAUUGAAAAAAGUAUAAAGAAACUUCACUUUGUCCAUCUUUAAUGACUCAAAAACAAAUGUGCUUGACUCUAGCCAUAAAAAGUUGUUUGUGUCUGUGAGUCCUGUGUGCCCAAAAAUCUGAACUCGCUCACCAUCUGGAAUAGAAGGAAUUGGAAACAGGUAUACCUUGGAUAGCAUUCAUGUGCCUUUGGGUGACUUAGCAUGUGAAAUGAUGAACAUGUUGAUAAGAGAACUUGGCAGUCUUGUGAGCACAAGACUAGGUUGAACUCAGCUUGGUACUUGCUAAGUUGGGCUGCAUUAUCUCUCCUCUGCCUUCUGUUUAUUUAUUUUGUCUCUGUCCCACUCAAGCAAAUGUCAGAACUCAGAAUGUAUUUUCUGUGAAUAAAUACCUGCAUCUAUAUCACUGUAGCCACUGAGACACAAGAGACAAGAACUCAUCCAUGUUCUAAUACAAAUGUGGCUACAGCUGUUGGGAUGUUUCCUUCUGAAGCUCUAACUCUGUAACUUAUUUCUUUCGUCGCAGUGUGUCCUGUUAAUAUUUAAUAUGUACAAAAACUGUUACAAAGUAGAUGAAAUUUCAUGCAAGUGAAGAAUAAUUUGAAGUGUGUAUCAUACUUCUGUGAAUCGUGUGUACUCUUUUUAUGAUUGGUGGCAGAGACUAAAGUACUACAUACAUUAAGAACACAGCUAUUACUUUUUCUGUAAUAUUGUGUAGCAUGUAAUUCCACAUGUAAUUUUCCCUUCAUUGAAAAUUCUUUCAGCAUUUCUAGUACUAUAUGGACUCUUGAGAAGUUUCCAAUCUUUUCUCCACAAAUAAAUUUGAUAUGAGAUUUAUAAAGGCUGCUUGCAGUGUGGCAAGGAUCAGUGGCAAAAAAAUAUAAAGGAAUUAAUUACUAUUCAGUUUACUUUGUUGUCCAGUGCAUUUGGGACAACUGUUUGGUGUUAAAAGUGUAUACAUGCCAUGUUUUUAAAGGCCAUGAAAGACAGUUUGACCCAUUUAGCCUUACCUAGCAAAUACAAAAGGUCAGUUCUGUUUUUAAUUUCCUAACUUCACACUUUAAAACUUGUAUUAAUUGCAAGAUGUUGCUGCAUCCUAGGACUGUGCAUGUGUAGUUGUUCAUUCUAAUCAGAAUUGUUUAGGUUCCUAAAUAAGGCUGCAUCCUACCUGCAACUGAAGUAAUCAUAACUUCUAUUAAAAUUGUCAAUAUAC